AUUUCCUUAUCGAACAUAGCGCCUUGAUGAGAAUGAGAUUUAAAUAAAAGACACUCACUGUUUAGUUUCAUUGUACGUUAACUAUUUACAAUAGAAAGAUCUCAAGAAAACAUUCGUGUUUCAAAAAACUUUUGGAAUUCAAGAAAAAUUCAGAGAAAAAAGAAUCAAUAUGGAAGCGAAAAAAUGUAUUUUCAUCAUUGCAACCUUCAUUCUGGCAUUGACAGUAUCGUCAUACGGAAUUCAAAGUGUGGAUUCAUAUUCAGAAAAUAAAUCCCAUAAUUUUUCAACUGGUGCAAGACAUUGGGAUGAUAAAUUAUUGUUUAAGACAAAUGUUAUUGAGCCAUCUAAAUGGUUAAGAAAAGUCGUCGUUGAAAGAAGAUUCAACGUUACUGGUUACAUAUCACAAGUUGCUGCAUACGAUCACAAAAAUGAUGGAACUGGUGCUCACGUUGCACUUACUGCCGGAGGACCACAAGCACAAUAUGUUACGCUACGAUUUAAAUCCGAACGCGGACAUGGAAUCAAUUUUGACGUUGAAAUUUACGGAACUUAUUAUCCUCGUCAUUGAAAAAAAUCUUCUUUUCAAAAUUAAAUAUUAUUUUAAUCAAUUAUAAUUAAUUAAUUAUGUAAUAAAUAAAUAAUUAUAACAAUUUA